AUGCCGCCCACAGCCACCCGCAGUGGUGGCGGCGGCGGCGGCGCACCUAGCGCCUCGACGAGCGAAAGCAAUAGCAGCAAGAUCCGAGUCGACCAACGAAUCAGCGCCUACGAUGUUAGUAGGACCCUGGGCGAGGGCUCGUUCGGCAAGGUCAAGCUGGCCGUCCACAAGGGCACCAAGCAGAAGGUCGCGCUCAAGAUAAUUUCUCGCAAGCGCCUCGCCAGCACCGAUAUGGCCGGUCGCGUCGAGCGCGAGAUCGAGUACCUGCAGCUGCUGCGGCACCCCCACAUCAUCAAACUGUACACCGUCAUCAAGACGGACAGCGAGAUCAUAAUGGUGCUCGAGUAUGCCGGCGGCGAGCUCUUUGACCACAUCGUCCAGCACGGCCGCCUCAGCGAGAAGCAGGCCCGGCGCUUCUUCCAGCAGAUGCUCUGCGCUGUCGAGUACUGCCAUCGCCACAAGAUUGUCCACCGCGACCUCAAGCCCGAAAACCUCCUGCUCGACGAGAACCUCAAUGUCAAGAUUGCCGACUUUGGCCUCAGCAACAUCAUGACUGACGGCAACUUCCUCAAGACGAGCUGCGGCAGCCCCAAUUACGCAGCCCCCGAGGUCAUCAGCGGCAAGCUGUAUGCUGGAUCCGAGGUGGACGUCUGGAGCUGCGGCGUCAUCCUUUACGUCCUCCUGGUCGGUAGGCUCCCCUUUGACGACGACCAUAUCCCCAGCCUGUUCGCCAAAAUCGCCCGCGGCACCUACGUCGUCCCCUCAUGGAUGAGCGAGGGCGCGGCCGGCCUGAUUAAGAAGAUGCUCGUUGUGAACCCCGUCACCAGGGCCACCGUGGCCGAGAUCCGCCAGGAUCCAUGGUUCCUGACGGACCUCCCCGACUACCUCCAGCCGCCGGCCGAGCCCUUCUUCAACACCGGUAUCGACCCGGAAAAGUCCAUCCGGCCGAGCGACAUCGCCCCCAAUGCCCCGCCCAAGGUCCAGGAGAAGCUCCACGCCGAAGUCACGGACAAGAUCUCCAAGACCAUGGGCUACGGCAAGCAGGACGUCCUGGACGCUCUGGAAGCGGAGGAGCCUUCUGCUAUUAAGGAUGCGUACAUGAUCGUUCGCGAGAACAAGCUCAUGCAGGGCAAUCCGGACCUGGCCACGGAAGACAACCCGUUUCUGUCGGCGUCGCCGCCGACGGACGACAACGGCCCUGCCAGCCUGGCCGCCAUGAUGGAGUCCUCGGGCCUGGGAGCCGGCGACCCCAACGCCAGCCCGCUGGCCAGCAUGUCCUCGGCCCGGUCCAUCACAUCCAGCAAUGCCAGUGCGGUGCUGGCGGCGCAGCAACGCCCGUACGCAAGCAAGAUCGGCAUCCUACCCAGUAGCCUGACGGCUUACCAUAAUGCCUACAUGGAGAACGAGAAGGCGGGCAAGAACGCAGACGAGGCUCCCCCGACGGCAAAUCUGCCCAACGAACCCCCUGCGCCAGCCAGGACGCCUGCCGAACACGAGGAGACAUCGCGAAGGCUCAGACCACACUCACGAGCACCCCUGGCCGCAACGGACCAGACGGGCCGGCCACAGGGCAUGACGCCGUCGAACCCCCCUAAGAGGGUGAAGCAGGUUCGUUGGCAGUUCGGCAUUCGAUCGCGUAAUGCGCCGUUCGAGGCCCUGUUGUGCAUCUACAAGGCGCUUAGGAAGCUUGGGUGUGGUUGGCAUGUGGACAAGGACUACUCCAAAGUUCAUCACGAAGAUGAGGAGAGGCGCCGAAGCUGGAAUCGCAGGGGAAGAAAUGGACAGUCGGGAGACCAGGAGGCGAGAGGUGAUGCGGGAACACCAUACGUGCUGCCAGCUGAUCCCUGGCAUAUCGAGGCACGAUGGGAGACGGGCAAGCUGCGACGCCAUUCGACCGCCACCGACGCAAAGAUGGCGACGUCCUUCAGCGGUGACGAGCUGCAGGUGAAACGACGCAACGGCAAAGAGGAGUACCAAGUCGUGGCCAUGAGGCUGUCCAUCCAGAUAUACGAGAUGGAGAGUGGCGUGUACUUGGUUGACUUCAAGUGCGCGGGCUACGAGCUGCAAGACGGCAGGCUUCUGGAGGAGAAGGACGUCACAAGUCCGUUCCCCUUUCUCGACCUGGCCGCCCGUCUGAUCAUGCAGCUUGCCGAUGCGGACUAG